AUGGCAAACAAGAAAGGUGCGAAUGCGCCAAAUGCGCAGCGUGAUGCUGCAGCAGGCGCAUCUUCAACAUCUUCGUUGAUCAUCUGCCGCAACAAGCACUGGCGAUACAUUUCAUCCUUCCAUGGCCCAUGGCUACAAUUACCUCCGGAGAUAUUAGAAUCACUCGCUCACCAGAACUAUACGCAACCAGCACCGAGGCUGAUCGAUCCAGCCGUCUUCUACGACAUCGUCAAGAUUCGACGUGCAGUAGACGAGGCAUCCGAUGAUGCCGUUCGCGCUUCCAAUGGGAUGUCAACAACGGGCAUGAAUGGCUCGCUGAACUUCUUGGAUCCAUUCGGCCAGGGCGGGCCACAAGCACCCAAAAUGAGCAAGGAACGCAUCUACAAGAUAAGGCAGAAAGCUGCACGGCUUUUGUCCAAGGCAUAUGCAUUAGACGAGGUCGCAGCCAGCGUUGCGACAAUGCAAUCCACAUCUUCGCUCGAGGAAGUUGCACAACAUGUUUUACGGCGCGAUCAGACAGACACUGAGGCCAAGUACGUUCAUUUCUUCCACGAGAAAAUUCCUUCCAGAAAGGUUGAGCAGUACACACCUCUCGGAUCGCUCGACGACGUCAUCUUGAACCUGCCUUGGGAACAGCAGGGCGCCCCACUGCGCACUCGCGCGCUCGUCCAGAUAUUCAAGGGCCAAUUCGAAGGAGCCGCCAGUGACUUAACAUUUGGACUAAGGAUUGCACAGAAGCUCAAGGCGAUGCACACGUCUGGAUCCGACCAACUAGUACUAGCAAAGCACUAUAAGGAAGAGCAAGAACGUUGGAACAGAAAUGGUAGAGAUUGGCGGCAUGUACCACGACUGAAGGACGAAGACCACCCGAGCAGUUUGGAGCAACAAAUCUUGUUCAAUCGAGCCGGGGUCUACCUCAGUAUCGCCUGCCAGAAUAUACAUGCUGCUCUAGACGGUCUGAAAGAAGCAAGACCCAAGGACGAGAACGGUGAUAGAAUCCCUUCAACAGCACGAGAACGAGAUUCUCACCAGACCAGACUAAAUGCGCGAAAAGUUGUCAAGACCAAUGCGAAGAAAGCUCUCAAGGACUAUCUGGCCUUCUUGGGCUAUCUCGAUUACACUCCUGGUCUACCUGUGGAAAUUGUCGAAGAGAUUACCCGCAGAAUCAACGAUGUGGCCAAUGGCAACAAACAGGCAACCAUCCAACGCAAUCGCUUAAUAGAAUGGGGCAGUCACUCUUCCUCAGGGAGAAGCACUCCCACAGUAGACUCUACAUCUCGCCAAUCCACGCGAGCCUCGAAUUCUAGCUUGGAGUGGGAUGCGGACGGGUGGCCUCGCAUGCCUCAUCACAAAGUACACCAGUCUUCGGCUCUUUUUGCAGAGAAACCCAUACCCGACCUCCCUGUAUUUCCUGCUCUGGAAGGCAUGUCAACAAACAAGAGCCCAUUUUCGAUCAGUACUCGCGAGGCAGUAACAUAUCAUCCUCUACUCACUGAUGCUCUGCAUUCUUUAUUGUUAGCGCACACUCUUCUCCAAACGUCGCCCACUGAGCUUCUGAGACAUGCUCACAACGCUGCUCGGCUUGCUCGUCUCGCAGAUGGCUACCCGAUUUUCCAGGCUGCCCGCUCUCCAGCACGAUCUGAUUGGAUCGAGGUCUUACGACGUGCAAACAAUUGGAUCGGCCUAUCACAGCCGUGGCAAAAGCUCUGCCGACCGGCUCCUCUCGGCAACCAACCAGAACAAGAUGCCACAGCGGGAGCGCAAGAUGGAAGUAUAUCUGCGGGCGCUUUAACUAUGAGAAACAAGCACAACAGAGAAACAGAAGAACGAAAACGUGAGCGUAUCAAGGAUGAGGCAAUUCUUGACGCCAUGGGUGAUGAGCGUGUGGUGGAUCAAGAGACCUUUGACAAGGCAGUCAGAGCUCGCGAACGAAGAGCUAUGGAGGAUGAAGAAGGGCUGAGUGGGCCGUUGAACAAUGGCGAUGACACUCGCGCUCUCCAUAAGCGCUGGGCACAAGAUGACGGCAAAGAAUAUCCUAUCUCAUCGGACAGGGCCGAAGCCAUUUGUCGCUGGAUCAAAGAGGCACCGCUCAGCAUGGGUGUUAGGAAGAAGCGACCCGUUAAAAAGAAGAAGCCUAUGGCAGACGGACCGGGUUCAGUGACGGAAGGGCUGAAGAACAUGCAUGUUCAUGAUUCUUCUGAACAGGUAGACUGAUCAGGUGUUGAUCGGUCGUGCAAAGGAGAACGUAGAAAUGUGAUACCCCGGUGUCUGUUAGGAUGCACCGUUUCGCUAACGAAUUAUUGUAAUACUAAAAUCAGACUGCAGUCGCUAAGAGUCUGUCAACUCGACCAAACUAUUCAUCGCGCUGAUACAUUCU